AUGUUGAUUCAACUCGGCUUCACGUGUCCCUUCGCCGAAGGUUUAAUAAGUGAGAUCAUUCAACUCGGAUUCACGUGUCCCUUCGCCGAAGCUUUAAAAAGUGUGAUUAUUAAACACGGCUUCACGUGUCCCUUCGCCGAAGGUUUAACAAGUGAGAUCAAUCAACUCGGCUUCACGUGUCUCUUCACCGAAGGUUUAACAAGUGAGAUCAUUCAACUCGGCUUCACGUGUCCCUUCGUCGAAGCUUUAACAAGUGAGAUCAUUCAACUCGGCUUCACGUGUCCCUUCACCGAAGGUUUAACAAGUGAGAUCAUUCAACUCGGCUUCACGUGUCCCUUCGUCGAAGCUUUAACAAGUGAGAUCAUUCAACUCGGCUUCACGUGUCCCUUCACCGAAGGUUUAACAAGUGAGAUCAAUCAACUCGGCUUCACGUAUUCCUUCGCCGAAGACUUAACGUGUGAGAUCAUUCAACUCGAAGCUUUAACAAGUGAGCAUUCAACUCGCCUUUACGUCCCCCUUGCCGAAGCUUUAACAAGUGACAUCAUUCAACUCGGCUUGCUGUGUCCCUACGCCUUAUGUUUAACUGGUUCAAUGAUCCAACUCAGAGUUCCAUGUACCUUCGUCGAAUGUUUAACCAGUAAGAAGAUUCCUCUCAGCUUCCUUGCGUCCCUUUGA